CGCACAAUAGGAUGAGGACGGCACAAUAACAGGCGCCUCAAUCACACACUCUCUCAUGGCAGCGGUCGCGACUGCGGCCCCAUCCGCCCAACUCCACCACCAACUCCUUUAUCAACGACGCGCCCCUUGAUCUACGAUAUCUCAAACCCGAUCAGGUGUCCUGUCUAAACCUCCGCACGCCGCCGCGGCCAUGGCGACCACGACGACGAUGAAAGAGCCACCCAAGGGUAUCACGCGCCGCUUCAUCGGCUGCUCCAAGAUUGGCGAGUACGAACUGCUUCAGAAGUUGGGCGAAGGCACUUUUGGCGAAGUACACAAGGCGCGACACCGAUUCUCAGGCAAGGUCUACGCGCUAAAAAAGAUAUUGAUGCACAAUGAGAAGGACGGGUUUCCCAUCACGGCAUUACGGGAGAUCAAACUGCUCAAGAUGCUGUCUCACGAUAAUGUGCUGAAGCUGGAGGAGAUGGCUGUGGAGAGGCCCAAAGCGGAGGGAAGAAAGAGGGCUAUCUUGUACAUGGUCACACCAUAUAUGGACCAUGACCUGUCUGGAUUGCUUGACAACCCCGAAGUCAACUUCUCCGAGGCGCAGAUUAAGUGCUACAUGCUCCAGCUCUUUAAGGGCCUCCACUAUCUCCACGACAACAAUAUCCUCCACCGCGACAUGAAGGCCGCCAACUUGCUCAUCAAUAACCGAGGUCGGCUCCAGAUCGCCGACUUUGGGCUCGCCCGUACCUACGAUGGACGUGUGCCUCAGCGCGGAAAGGGCAAUGGGGAAGCCACUCGUGACUACACCAGCCUGGUCGUGACGAGAUGGUACCGGCCCCCCGAGCUGCUCCUCCAACUCCGCCGAUAUACUCCUGCGAUCGAUAUGUGGGGCGCCGGUUGUGUCUUUGGUGAGAUGUUCAAACGCAAGCCGAUCCUGGCUGGACAGAGCGACCUUCAUCAGCUGCAGAUCAUCUUCGAGCUUGUGGGCACACCGACCGCCCAAACCAUGCCGGGCUGGGAGCAGCUACCGGGCGCUGAGACUGUGAAGAACUCUCAGCCGACGAAUGGCAAUCUUACAGGCCAAUUCCACCAUUUGAACUCGGCUGGCCUGUCCCUCCUGAGCGACCUGCUCCGCCUGGACUGGCGAAAGCGUAUCAACGCGAUUGACGCCAUCGAACACCCUUACUUCAAGACUGAGCCGCUGCCGAUGCGCGAGGAAGAAAUCCCGAAAUUCCAGGACUCGCACGAGCUGGACAGACGCAAUGCACGUGGCCAGAAGCGCGUCUUGCCUCCCGCUCCCGCUGGCGGCACUGUAGGCGGGGGACCGAAUGGUGAAUGGGCUGGAACUGGACCUCCUCAAACCGGACCUCACUGGGAUCGUUCCAGGUAUCCCUCGCAGGAUCGAGGCCCGCCAGGUGUUGAUCGUGCGCGCGGUCCCUAUGACAGACGGCCCCCUCCAUAUGACAAUCGAGGUCCGCCGCCGCCCUAUGACAACCGGGGACCGCCUCCUCCGCCGCCGAGGCAUGGACCGCACUGGGGCGGAGGUGCAGACCGUGGACCACCUCCUCACCAGGGCGAUGGGCGGUAUCCUCCAGGACAUGCACCUCGCUAUGGCUAUACUGACCGUGACCGACCUCCGCGACACAUGGACAAAUAUGUGCCUAGCUACCGCGACGGCGAUGGACCGCGGCCUCGAGAGGAAAGACGUUCUCGCGAUCCUGACGACCGGGCGAGGGAUGUACGAAGGGGUUCAGCGGAUUCCGGGCAUUCUCGCGAAGGCUACAGAGAUGAUAGAUCUGAUCGUGGAAGGGCGUACAGGGAUAGGGACCGCCCGGGUGACUCGCGCAACUUUGGAAGAGACCGGAGAGAUGGGAGGACGCGAUCCCGAAGUCCAGAGCGGCGUGACAACAGGAAUCGCGACCGCGAGCGGGACAUUUACAGACGCUAGGAACGUCCCACGAGGGAGACGAAGAAUGCAGCAAGGCCGGAAGGAUCUCUGUUUGCGGACAGACGCGAUAUGCUGGCAGGACGCUACGGGAUGGGUUCUGCAAUCAUCCCACACUCUCUCUGUGUGUGGUGUUGGCGUUUGGGUACACGGGGGGAAUUGGUCAGGUUCCACGGACUGUGACUACUAUGAAUUGGCGUUUGGAGGGGAGGAUACUAUGCAUUUGCAGGGCGCAUUACGAGAUGGGGUUUCCCGGAGGACACUUUAUUGGUCAGAGCGAGAGGAUGCGGGAGUAUAUCUGUUCUGUCUGCUUGUACAUGUCCAUCUGACCGGCACAUUGGUGAGGAAAGUAAUGGCAUUGGCUUCCGGUAGGUGAAGUAGGGCCAGUGAUUAUAUACCGAUUAUUGUUCGACAACGAAUUUCUAUACACGGGAU